CGUGAGCAAAGUAAAAAGAAAAUAAACCAAAUUUGAAUCACGAUUUUGAGUUCCGCCAAACCGCCUUUCUUUUUCUCCCCUCUUUUACAAACCCUAAAAACUCUUCUUUUUCCUUUUUUUUUUUGUUUUUUCUUUCAAAAUCCAGAAAUUAAAAUGGAUUUCGGUGGACAAAAGAGAGGCGGUCGUAAUGGAGCUUCCAAGAGAUCAAGAGAAGAAAUGGAGAACUUUACACUUGGUGUAGGAAGCAAAUCAAAGCCAUGCACGAAGUUUUUCAGCACUUCUGGGUGUCAAUUUGGUGAAGGAUGUCACUUCUCACAUUAUAUUCCUGGCUAUAAAGCUCCAAAUCCAUUUGCAAACAUGGGUGCGCCCCUUAGUAGAAAUCCACCGAUGCAACAACCUUUUACUGAUGGUCCAGCUCCUUCAACGAAAACCAAGCUUUGCAACAGAAUGACCGGUCCAGAAGGAUGCAAGUUUGGAGACAAGUGUCGCUUUGCUCAUAGUGAGGCUGAGAUUGGAGGCAGACCAUCUUUCCCGCAGUAUGAAAACCAACGUGGCCCAAUGAGUUUUGGGGGCUUUGGCGGCUACCAAGGGCAGUUUGAACCAUCACCUGCAGCAGCCAACUUCGGUCAAUCUGCUACAGCCAAAAUCAGCAUUGAUGCAUCUUUGGCAGGGCCUGUGAUUGGCAAAGGUGGUGUAAACUCGAAGCAUAUAUGCAGGGUUACUGGGGUGAAGCUGUCUGUGAGAGAUCAUGAGACGGAUGAGAAACAAAAGAACAUUGAGUUAGAAGGAAGUUUUGAUCAGAUUCAAGAGGCGAGUGCAAUGGUUCGUGAAAUUAUCGUAAAUCUUAGCGGUGGUGCAAAUGGUGGAAGGAAAGGAGGUGGCUUCCAGCAGCAGUCUGGUGGAGGAAAUAAAAUCAAGACAAAGAUGUGCGAGAACUUUGCCAAAGGUCAGUGUAGUUUUGGUGAGAAGUGUCAUUUUGCCCAUGGAGCGGAGGAGCUUCGUACUUGAUCUUGUAGUGUUGAUGCGGGGGGUGUGAUUGCUUAAAUUUUGGAGAUAUUGUUGAGUUCUGACUGUAGCAUAUUAAGAUUUGUUUCACAAUAUUUGAUACGACAGAUGAGACCGUAGCUUUAUUUUUUCUUUAAAAACUAAAUGCAUUUACCUUUUUUGGUGCUCAAA